UCUGUCAGAGUGCGACCAGGAGAAGGUCGACCGCUGCUAGGGUUUGUUUCCGGCGACCUGCGAGGUAUUCCGGUGAGUUUUAUGUCUCUCUUUCUCUCAAUCGUUCUCUUUUAGGGCACGACCUUCUUCUCGGGAAUCGGCCUCUCUCUUUCUCUAAGUCGUUCUCUGCUAAGGCACGACCUUCUUCUCGGGCAAGGACCUCUCUCUCUAAGUCGUUCUCUGCUAAGACACUAUCUUCUUCUCGGGCAACGACCUUUUUCUCUCUCUCUCUGUGCGAGUGACGUGGGUAACUCUAGUUUGGUCUAUGUGAAUGCUGUGGGAUUACAGGGCCUAAGUUGCCCCUUUUUCUUCUGUAAUAUUUUGGUUCAUGAUGUUGUACGUUUUGUUUAGACGCUUGAAUCUGGAAUGCUUUGAUAGAAAAUAGCUCCGUUUCCAUACUGUUUAUAUUUGCAGAUUUGCAGAAUUAAUGUCAUCCAAACACAAUUUAUCAAAUCUGGGUCAAAAUUGGAAUUGGAAAAUAGUGCAUCCAAAUAUAAUUCUCUGAAUUGGAGCUAGAAUUUCCAUUCUCAGAAUCCGCCAGAAUUUGCACAAUUGAGAGUUAGAAUUGAAACCAAACUUGCCCUGAGGCGGCCGAUGGGAGAAACGUGGCAGCCAAUAUUGGGGGCUGCUCUAGAUGGCAGGAACUGGCGAACAGAGUCGACAGAUUGAUGAUGUCUUCAAUAUAUAAUUGUAGCAAACCUCUGAGGUUAGAUCAGUCUUCCUCCCUGUUCGCAAGACGGAUGAUGUGCGGUGCAUAGGAGCCUUUGGAUCCUACGAUAAAGCUUAACCAUAUAGCACAGACCUCUGCAAUCUACGGAUCAAAUUGAGCAGUCAAAAUUGUUAUUUUCCACAGCAGCAGCGAUGGACGCUAUUGUUUUAGCUGCUGUAGAGGAGAUAUGUUCUCAGGGUAGCAAUGGCGUUUCACUUCCAGAUUUGUGGCCAAUGCUGCAGCCCUCGCUUUCUUCUUCCGGCUUACAUCUAUGUGAAGUCGUUAAAAGAGCUAUCUGGAAUGGGAUUCUUAACACCCCAGGGCUCCAAUUUGGUUUCCAAGACACUUCCACCAUGUCUUUUGCAGAAUUUGAGAAGAAGAAUAUGAAGAUCGUAGCUGAAGAGCAUCUCAGGGAUAGCUUUAUAGGACUCUAUGAUAUCAAAGCUGCUGAUGCUGGCAUUUCUCCACCUCAAAGGCGUGUGCUGGAGCUGCUUGCCAUUGCUAGAACGAAUGGAAUUACACAGAGUCAACUUGCUAAGGAAUUGGGCAUGAAGGGAAACCAAUUCUUCUACAUAGUGAAGAACCUUGAAUGCAGAGGGUUGAUUGUGCGACAAUCAACCAUUGUAAGAACAAAAGAAGCCACCAUAGAAGAGGAAAAUGGGUCGAAAAGUACUUCUGUUGUAAAUACCAAUUUGAUCCAUUUGUAUCGUUAUGGAAAGCAUUUGACUUCUCAUCAAAGACUUGAAAUCACCAAAGAAGAUACAUUGGACAACCUUGGGAAUGCAGAGGGAAGCAAUUUAAUUGGAGAUGGCAUCACUGCUGGAGAAUGUCUAAAGGAGGAUGUACUCAUUAAGGAUUAUCUACCAGCACUGAGAGCUGUUUGUGACAAACUUGAAGAAGCCGAUGGCAAGGUACUUGUUGUUGCAGAUAUUAAGCAGGCACUUGGUUAUCGAAAGACUCCAGGGCAUAGAGCUUGGAGAAAUAUUCGUAACAGGUUGAAAGAUGCUGGCCUCGUUGAAGAAUUCCAUGCAGAAGUAGAUAAGAAGGUUGUUAACUGUUUACGUUUGCUGAAGAAAUUUGAUCCAAAGAGUUUUCAACCGAAAUCCUUUGUACAUGGCUGUGAUGAUGUUAAGACGGAGCAAUUGGCAAGAUGUGGAAGGCGAGGCCAGAUGACGGACCAGCUUGUAGAGCUUCCUAUCGAGCAUCAAAUAUAUGAUAUGAUUGAUGCUGCUGGAUCAAAGGGGCUGACUGUUACAGAGGUGUGCAAGCAGCUAGGAAUUAACAGUAAGAAGAACUAUACUCGACUUCUUAAUAUGUUCUCAAGGUUUGGAAUGCACCUGAAGGCAGAGAGCCUCAACAGGGGCAUGGCUUAUCGAGUUUGGACAUCUCAGAACAGUCCAUCUAGUGCAGUCCCAAGUAAAUCUGGAGUUGUCCUUGAUAAUGGUGAACAUUCUACACCAAACAUAAGGUAUCUAACUUAUGAGAAAUCGGUUUCCGGCAUUCUACAGCUUGAUUCUUCUACUUCGAAAGACGAACUGGCUACAGCUGGAAAAAUGAAAGGUGGGGAUAUUGAAAAAGAACUUUGUCAUGGUUCUUGCAAUAGUGAGAGUGGCCAGAUGCUGAUUUGUGGAAGCGGUGUGCAAAGUUUAGUUCAUGACAGUGGAGAUAAGAUUCCUGAUCCAGAAGUUGAUUCAGUAGGUAUGGUAACUGAAUCUGAUGUUGCUCCAUCAGAGGCAUCACCCUCCACUUCUCUAACUCCAUUAAAGCUGCGAUCUUGUCAGAGGUACCCAUGUCUUUCGACAGCUGUUAGUACCCAAAGGGAACAAAGAAUACUUGAACGCUUACAGGAAGAGAAUUUCAUUCUAACAGUUGAGCUUCAUAAGUGGCUUGAGAGUUUUGAGAAGGAUAAGCCCACAUUGAUGGCCAGGAAGACUUUAACUCGCACUAUAAACAAGCUUCAGCAUGAAGGGCUCUGCAAAUGCAUACAAGUUAUUGUCCCUGUUGUCACUAACUGUGGCCGUAGCCGUAAGACAGAGGUGGUUUUGCACCCGUCUGUUCAGAGUCUACCUCCUGAAGUCUUGGGUCAAAUUCAUGAAAGAUUGAGAGCUUUUGACAUGCAAAGCCGUGGUCAAGGCAUAGCUCGACUGAAGAAUGAUAAAUCACUGCCAGUACUGACUGGCGUCCAGAGGACACAGAGCCGUGUAGCUAUAGACAACCAAGCUGCUAGAUCAGAAGCCAUGCGUGCUAAUGGUUUUGUUCUGGCAAAAAUGGUUCGUGUAAAGUUGCUGCAUAACUUCCUCUGGGGCUACCUGAAUGGUUCAUCUGGUUGGGACAAUGCUUUAUCGUCUGGGAAACAUGGGUAUGAUAUGAAGAAUCCUCACAGCACUUGCAAACUGUUUUCACUACAAGAAGCUAUAAAGGCAAUGCCACUGGAGCUAUUUCUACAAGUGGUUGGGUCCACAUAUAAGUUUGAGAGUCUGCUUGAGAAUUGCAGGGAUGGUUUGUGUCUCUCUGAUCUUCCAUUGCACAUGUACAAGUGCCUAAUGAAUACUCAGGCAACUGGGCGAUUCUCAUGGCUUGUUGAUAUCUUACGUCGAUUGAAGGUGAUUCGGCUAGUGACUGAUGGACAUGCAGAAGGAGGAGAAAGGAUUCCACAUGCCAUUCUCUCACAUGCUAUGGAACUUCGACCGUACAUUGAGGAACCACUGUCAAUGGCCCCUGCAAGUUCAGUUUUUAGUUCUGUUGAUCUCCGUCCAAGAAUUAGACAUGAUUUUGUCUUAUCAAGCAGGGAAGCUGUUGAUGCAUAUUGGAAAACAUUGGAAUAUUCUUAUGCUGCCGCUUAUCCACCGGCUGCAUUGCAUGCGUUUCCUGGAUCAGCUGUUCAGGAGGUUUUCCAUCCCCGGUCAUGGGCUUCAGUUCGGGUAAUGACUGCCGACCAGCGUGCUCAGCUGCUCAACCGCGUAGUAAAUGAUGAUCCUAACAAAAAGCUUUCAUUCAAGGAAUGUGAGAAAGUUGCUAGGGAUCUUAAUCUCACCUUUGAACAGGUGCUUCGUGUCUAUUCUGACAAGCAGCAACAACGUCUUAAUAGAUUUCAGCAAUAUUUGAGACACAAAGACCAAGAAUUUCAACCAGCGACAGAUAAUCAUGGAUCAACCCCUCGGAAAAGAAAAAGAUCUUCAAAAUCAAGGUCAUCAACCCAAGUAAAAACUGAUGGAGUGACUGACAUAGGGGGCAAGGAGAUACCGCCCAUAUCAUCUGAUAUUGACAGCCAAUAUGUGGAAGAAGAAAAUCAGGUCAUUACUUCUCCAGGAGCGUGUGACACUCUUAUGCUAGAAUGUGAUGAGCAGGAUAAUUUCAGAACUGCUGAAGAGUUGGAGACAAAUGAAGUAGAGGAGGAAGAAGAAAAGGAUAAUUAUGAUCUGAUCAGAAAGUGUGCCCUUUCAAGGUUUAAACCCACACGCCAAAGAAAGUUUUCAUGGACAGAAAUGGCAGAUAGGGAGUUGGUGACCGAAUAUGUAAAACAUCGUGCAGCUCUUGGAGCUAGAUUUCAUCGCACUGAUUGGGCCUCACUUCCUGGCCUUCCAGCAAAUCCGAGUACUUGCAGAAGAAGAAUGACAUUACUGAACAGUAAUCUCAAUUUUAGAAAAGCAUUAAUGAGGUUCUGUAACGUGCUUGGUGAAAGAUACGCUGAACAUUUGGAUAAAAUCCAUGGGAAUGAGAUCCUGAAUCAUAGUGGCUGCAGUCAGGCAGUUCGAGAUUCUUCGUCAGUGGAAGGUCUUAUUCCCGCUAUCUCCAAAGGUGUUGAAAAUUCUCCUGAAUCAGCUAUGAUGGCUCAAAUAUGGGAUGAUUUUGAGGACCCAAAUAUAAAGAAAUCCCUUGAUGAAGUUCUACAAUUUAUACCGAUGGCUAAAACGGAAGCUAGAAGGAGGGGAAGAUUCACAGCUGAAAGGGAGAGUACAGAUGUAAAUUUGGAUGCCCGGACAUAUGAUUGUCAUGAAGAGCCUGAAUUAAUUUCAUCCACCACUCUUGGUGAAGAAGUUCAGAACCAUGUCGGAAUUCAGAAGAAACUUUCUGGGAGGAGGUCAGGUUGUCAUCACAUUCCUGGUAAAUUUCUCAAGCUUUUGAACGAAGGCACAAGUAUUUGUAGAAAAGCAUUUGAAUCAUUGGCAAUUUCCAAUGCUGCGGAGCUCCUUAAACUUGUUUUUCUGAGCACCUCUACCGCACCAGAGGUGCCAAAUUUGCUGGCUGAAACUUUACGACGUUAUUCUCAGCAUGAUCUUUUUGCAGCCUUCAGCUACCUCAGACAGAAGAAAAUUAUGGUUGGUGGUACUAGCAGUCAACCUUUUGUACUUUCCCAGCAGUUCUUGCAUAGUAUUUCAUCUUCUCCAUUUCCAACUAACACUGGAAAGCGGGCAACUAAGUUUUGUAGUUGGCUCAAUGAAAAGGAAAAAGAUUUAAUUGAAGAGGGAGUUAAUCUGACUGAAGAUCUACAGUGUGGUGAUAUUUUCCACUUGCUUGCUGUAGUUUCUUCAGGAGAACUACUCAUUUCACCAUGUUUGCCAGAUGAAGGAGUAGGAGAGGCUGAGGAGAGUAAGAAUCUGAAACGUAAAACUGAUAAAGAUGAACUAUACCCUGAUGAGAUGGCUAAAAGGCCCAAAUCUUUACAAACAAAAGAUGUUGAUUUUCGUCGAGAGAAAGGUUUUCCAGGUAUCAUGGUAUCCCUGACCCGCGAGACAAUUUCAAGAGAAAAAACUCUAGAGCUGUUCAAGAAUGAUGAGAUCUGUUCAAGUCCAUUUUUGUUUGAUGAGAAUGAAAGAUCUAACUCCUCCUAUGGUCUCGACACUGGUACUAGCUCAUCUUUUUCUAACCAUUUUGAGGCAAGCCAAAAUUUUGGCGGUAUUGCUCCCCUAGCUGGGGGAGUGAUAGAGUCACAAUGGGAAGCUAUGGCUAGCUAUGGUCAACACUUGAUCUCAUCCCUUUCUUCGUAUAAAAUAUCAAGUUCCUUACGUCCUGAGCUUUUCAAGAUAGUCCAUUCCAACAUUCAAAAGGCUGGAGAUCAAGGGCUGAGCAUUGAAGAACUUUAUGAAGUCAUAGACAUGGAUGGGGAAAAAACAGCUGAACUCAUUGUGGAUGUGCUUCAAGUAUUUGGACUUAUUGUGAAGGUCAAUGCUUAUGAUUGUGUUCAUGUUGUUGAUGCUUUAUAUUGUUCCAAGUAUUUGUUAACCCCAGCAACAUGUCUAUAUCAUGGUCUUAUAACAACUCAGCCCAUGACAUCUCCAAGAAUUGGUGGCAAGGCCUAUUUUGCCCACCUGUCGGAAAAUCAUGAAAAUGCUGCUAGCACUUCACAGGAAGAAACAGUUGUCAACCUCAACAAUGUGCAUACAGUUACUAUUCUUAAUCUGCCUGAAGAGGUUUCUCUGUCCUCCAAAGAACUUCAAUCUAGCAAUGAGUUUCAAGAUCAUAUGAAUGUUGAAAUUGUUCCCAUGGGGCAGGCUUCUGAGAAUGAUUUCUUUAAAUACGUGAGUUCUGGUGAUUCAUACAGGCCAAUAUUACCAUGGAUAAAUGGAGAUGGUACCACAAACAUGAUUGUAUACAGGGGACUAACACGCCGUAUUCUUGGAACAGUAAUGCAAAAUCCUGGGAUUUUGGAGGAUGAUCUCAUCAACCGCAUUGACGUUUUGAAUCCCCAGAGCUGUAGAAGACUGUUGGAAUUGAUGGUUCUGGACAACCAUCUUAUUGUGAGGAAGAUGUAUGAAAGCACUUCUGCCCCACCGGGCAUACUGCAGGGUCUUCUCAAGGAAAGCUUCAAGAAGUCUGAAUCCAUAUGUCGUGGCCACUACUUCGCUAAUCCAAUGAGUACAUUCUUGCUAUAAUAGCAAGGUAUCUUAAAUGUCUUUCUUUCUUUUGGGAUGCAUUAGUGGAUUAUUAUGCCUGGCACUGAAGGAUACUGCUUUGAUUUCUUCAUUAUGUAAACUAACCAUGUCUUUUUGCGAAUGAUACUAGCUGCAACCAUGUAAAUAUAUACUCUUCAAUGAUCAUUUAUUGAUCAAAAGAAAAAAUAAAAAUUGAAUUUCUGUGCUUGGGGGAGUC